CUCAACUUCGUGAUCUCCACAGUUUUCCGGGUUCAUGAUGUCUGACAAGUGGCUCUUUGCCUUCUGCUGUGUGUUGCUCCUAGGCUAUACCGCUCAAGGGGCGUGUCCUUCCAUUGUGAGCCGAACAGAAUGGGGCGCCAGAGCUCCAAAAGCUGUGUCCUACCUCUCCCAUCAACCUGUGAAGUACGCCUUCAUCCACCAUUCGGCCGGGGGCGAGUGUUUUUCCAGGGCCAAUUGCUCGAGAACAGUUCGAGGAUAUCAGAACUACCACAUGGACGACAGAGGAUGGAAUGACGUCGGCUACAGUUUUAUGGUGGGCGGUAAUGGCGACAUCUUUGAAGGACGCGGCUGGGAUAAAGUUGGUGCUCAUACCCUGGGCUAUAACACUGUAGGUUUAGGGUUUUGCCUGUCUGGAAACUUCAUGACUCACCUCCCCACAAAAGCCCAGAUGGACUCUGUGAAGGCUUUGAUCAAGUGCGGCGUGGACUCAGGCAAGAUCGCCACCAACUACACCCUGAGGGGACACCGAGACAUGAAGUCCACGCUCUGUCCUGGGGAUAAACUCUACGCCGAGAUCAAAACUUGGCCGCAUUACUAACACUUUUCUUGGCAGUACAUAUUCCUGGUCAAAGUAAAAUGUCUUUCCUCCUCAUUUCGAACUGCUUCACGUCGUGUGUAAUAUCGCAACAGCCACAGUGAUCGUAAAAGGGAAAGGUGGGGGCACGGGGGUGUGGUAUUUACACUGGGGUUGCAACUAUGUCUCCGUGAUUCUCCUGUUUUACUAUUAGUAAGGUUUUACGGCGCUCGCAACUGCAUAAGGUAAUAUGAGCGCUGUCCAUCGAUAUCAAUAGUGACUAAAGCAAUAUGAAUGAUAGAGCUUUGCUUGAGCGAUAGACAUGGAGGGAGCAGAUUGUCCAAGUAUUACUUCACUCCCUUGAUAUGAUCCAAAAGAAUGACAGAUUCAAUAGUUUGGAAUAAAAGGGGGUGGGGGGGGGGGGCAGUAAGGAUUUGCCUUACUAUUCAUCUAUAUGAUCCUGUUAAUCUUUACGGUAGGGCUUUUUAGAAUUUUAAAUUAUGCCAGGGUGGUAAUGCUGCAUACGAGCCCUCCGAGAUUUUUCGUCCUGAUUAAAAUAAAAACUAGGUGCCAGAUCUUAACAAGCAUCUGUAAAAAUUAAUAAAGAGUAGGCUGUGAAAGUGCUGAUGCGUGGAGACGUGAGGGAGGGGGAGGGAGAUUUGGCUUUACCGCUACCUAUUUCCUGAGAGAUUUGCACUGAAUCGAUGACAAGAACAGUGCUAUGUAGACCCAUGGCGUGUGCCUUAGGUAACUAGAUCUAGGCAUUUUUUUGCCCACUACUGCUCGAUUUGAAGGCCCAGAGUCAAAUUCGUGCGAUUAAAAACGUUGAA